GCCGGCGCAGUGGCCGUGCCGCUGUCGCCAGGUGCCGUCCCCCUGCGCCGCUCCGCCCGGUGGCCGGCUGAGGCUGCGGCCCCGGGCUCUGCGGCUCCGGCUCCUUCCGCGGCGAGCCGUGUGCCGCCGCAGCCAUGUCCCGAAAGCAAGCGGCGAAGAGCCGGCCGGGCAGCGGCGGCCGCAGAGCCGAGGCGGAGCGCAAGCGGGACGAACGGGCGGCGCGCCGGGCGCUCGCCAAGGAGCGGCGGAACCGGCCGGAGCCUGGCGGCAGCGGCUGCGAGGAAGAGUUUGUGAGCUUCGCCAACCAGCUGCAGGCCCUGGGGCUGAAACUGCGGGAGGUGCCGGGGGACGGCAAUUGCCUGUUCAGAGCUCUGGGCGACCAGUUGGAGGGCCAUUCUCGGAACCAUCUUAAGCACCGACAGGAGACUGUGGACUACAUGAUAAGGCAACGUGAAGAUUUCGAGCCCUUCGUGGAAGACGACAUUCCCUUUGAGAAGCAUGUGGCCAGUUUGGCAAAGCCUGGUACUUUUGCUGGCAAUGAUGCAAUUGUAGCCUUUGCAAGAAACCAUCAAUUGAAUGUGGUGAUCCAUCAGCUUAAUGCCCCUUUGUGGCAGAUUCGAGGUACAGACAAAAGCAGCUCACGGGAGCUCCACAUUGCCUACCGGUACGGCGAACACUACGACAGCGUCCGGAGGAUCAACGACAACUCAGAGGCGCCGGCUCAUCUCCUGACGGACUUCCAGGUGCUUCAUCAAGAUGGAGCGGAUAAAAAGGAGAAGGUGAAGACAAAAGGGGUGAACUCGGAAGACGGCCUGCCAGAUGACGUGCAAGAUGCUGUCCAGAAAGGAGGCAGUGCGACCGGAUGCUCGGAUUUGAAUUUGAUAGUCCAGAACCUGGAAGCCGAGAAUUACAACACUGAGUCUGCAGUACUCUCCACACUUCAGAUGAGCCAGGGGACAGGAAACGAUGUGGGGGAGACCCUUGAGCCUAGGGACAGACUGAAGCAGCGUGGCCCUUCAUGUGAGGAGGCAGGCAGCGGCUCCAGACUCUCUGGAAAUCAGGGCAGAAAUGAAGGCCGGAUGGAGACCAGUGAGGCUCGGGCCAGCCCAGCUGAAGAAAACAAAGCCCACAGGAGCCAGCUCCCAAAGGUCACAAACAAGCAGCGGCGGGAACAGCAGCGGCUGGAGAAGAAGAAACGUCAGGAGGAGAGGCACCGCCUCAAAGCCCUGGCGAGCAGAAACAGCAGCAGGGACAGGGGCAGAAGUGAGGCAGAGGUGAACACACAGGUCACCUUGGUGAAGACCUUCGCUGCUCUGAACAUCUGACUCUUGACCCUGAGAGGCAAAAGAUGUACCUUCCCGACCAGGCCUCCCAGCCACGUGUCCUCCCAACCAUGUGUCUUCCCAGCCACGUGUCCUCUGGGGAGGAGACCGCUGUCAGUGCCCACACAUGAGCCCACAGGAGCCAGUGCCCUACAAGCUGCCUCUUUCUGUCCUGUGUUUUGUAGUGUGACAGUAUGGUGACAUCAUUUACCUCCUGGAACUCAAAAUACUGAGUCACGGGACAAGAUGGGUCACAGGACAAGGAGGAAUUGUUUGCCCUGCGUAUCAGAGUGUGGUGGUUCUAGACUCUCCCUGGGUGCCUGGGGCCCAGCUCCUUGUAAUUCUUCUCAAAGUCAUUCAGCACAAUCAUUAGAGACCUUCAGUGACACGCCCUUCGCGUUUCUCUCUCUUUUUCAAGCAGGAUGAGCGAGCGUCUUGGUUCCCAGCUCGAGUGUGUUGAGAUUUGCUUUGCUUCAGAUCCAGGUCACUCGGACAUGUCUGUGGUAGGGCAGGAUGGGCAGCUCCAGUAGCCAGGGGAGGUCAAGGCCAGCUCCUUCCUCCUGUCUCCUCUGGCAUCCUCUCAGAGAGUGUGGGUGCCCCUCCCCUCUUGCCAUGGGGUGCAUGUGCCUGGCUCUGGGUGAGACCUGGGGUUUGCUGGAAGCCCCACAGUGCAGAGGGGGCUUUGGGACAGUUAGGAGAAGGUGUGGCCCUGCUUCUGGCGCACCUCUGAGCUCGGAAGGGCAGGGAGAGUCCGUAGCUGUGCAGGGGAGCCGGGGCUCUGAGCUUUUGCCUUGAAGAAUCUAAAGACAGCAAUCUACAGGAAUAGGGCCUUCCAUGCUUGAAUUUUAAGUAACUAUAUUUUUCUUUUUGCUAUGCUAGACUCAGGUGCCUACAGAGAAAUGACUGGUUGUUUGAUCGUACAGGUUGUAAACUUCCAUAACAUGAAAAUGGAAUGAAGUCCCAUAACCGAGCUUGGCCUGCUGGCUCAAGCCAAGCCUGUAAUCCCAGCGCUGGAGGCCAGCCUGGGCUAUGUACUGAGUUCCAGGCUCGUCAGGCUAGGGUCAGGAUGAAAGGUCCCAUUUCACUCCCCACCUGUGAGGUGGGGGAAUCUUAUAGACAGGUGUUUUGUUUUUUCUUUGUAAAGUUAAACCUUAUUUGGCAUUUCAGUACUGGGACAAGUGUAGCAGUGGCUUCGGAGGCCGCCUGUGGCUAAGCUAGACAGCAGGGGAGGGCCUGCACCGCCAGAGGGGCUGUCCACAGGCUAGGUUAUGGGCAUUAACUGUAAACUGUCAUGUGUCGGGUGGACACCAGGACUAAACUCUGGGAACCUAGUAUUUGGACUAAUCCUGUACACUGGGUCAAAAGAUAAAUUAUUUCAUGUCCUUAAAGGCAAAAAGGAAAUUACAAAAGCAUCUAGACACAGACACCACUAUCUGGGCCGGUCUCGGGGUCAUCCAGUUGGCUGGUCAGCAGGCUGCUAGCUUCUUCAGGGUAAUGAUGUCCUCUAAUUGUCCAUUUGUUUAGCUUUGGAACUUUGUGUUUGGAACACCUGAAGUCUCCUGGACUCACUCUCUCCCAAGCCGCCUGCCGUGUUGCUUCCUGCAUACAGUACAGGAUACUGCAAUGCUGUGCAGAUUUGCAGAUGACAUGGUCAGUCCCAGUAAGAAAGGGAGGGUGGCGGCUGCUGCCUCUGGGAGCCAGCGUUCUCCGAGGUCACCCAGGCAGGGUCUGAAUGAGAGCUCUCUGCUCCCAACUUUCUACUGCCUGACGGCAGAAUGCCAGUCCUCACAGAAAGGUCAGGGUUGUUUACCAAAAACUCAGGAUUAGCAGACAGAAGUGGCAGGCCUGGGCAGCAUGUUUGGUGGCACUUGUCUAGUGUGUGGGAAGUCUGGGUACUAUCCCCAGCACUUAAAAUCUACUCUGAGGCCAGCUCCCAGCAGCCCAGUGGUGGCUUCUCAGAGUCGCUGUCUACCUGGCAGAGGAAGCUGCCUGUGCUCUCUUGGGUAUCAGAGCUCUUGGGAACUCAUGAAAGAACCUUUCUUUACUGACUUGCGGUUAGCUUUGGGUCACCUGCCUGGCAGUACCCUCUGCUUUCUGGAACAAAGUAACAUUUUCUUCAAAACAUGUUUGUCUUGUCGCUGUCCAGCUUCCGGGCUUCAGCUGGUGUGAUUAAUGUGCUGAUUAUUGCAAACGGGGCUCCUGCACCCAGCUCAGGCUCAGAAUGUGGGCUCCACUACCUCAGUCUUGUGGAGUGAGAGGUGGAUGGUCCGUGGCAUGACCAUGUUAGUGGGUACUUGACAGUUACCUCAUCAGCAGCCGAGAUGAGGCCCAGUGCCUUGAUUUUUGGGGCAGAGAUGGUAGACACUGUUCCUUCAGUCCAGGUGCUCUCCGAGGAGCUGUCUUGGGAAAGGAACCUCCUGACUGGAACCUGGCUGCUCCCCGAGAACAUCAUGGAAGCUCUUAAGGAGGCUACAAAGAGAAGCCACAGUGCUUCAUGGCAGUUCACUGGCCUUAAUACUGUGGAGAGGUUUUCUAGGUUUUAAGAAUAAUUUAAGGUUAAAAUUUAAAAAAAAAUUUUGAUGGCAGCAUGUUUACAUUGUAGGGAGAUGAGUUAGCACAGGCUCGACUUGUAGACAGCACAGCCCGUCGGGAGUUAGUGCUGGGGUUACAUAAGUUCAUUCCGUUCUUAACAAGAACAUGUCUCCCUUGAGGGAGUGAGGUGUGGCCAGGAACCGUGUGUGGCAGCAGCCUGCCUGCAGCCUCCUCCGGAGGCUCUGAAGACACCUCGAACCAUAUCUUGAUUGUGAAAGUGAAGAGGGCUGACCUUGAGGGGCAGCUGUGGUGGGGAUCAGUGGGGAACCUUCCUGUGGCUCAGGCACAGUGCCCACCCACCUCCCUGGGGAGCAGAGCGGACUGGCCACGGUGGCUCAGGUUCCCAGGUAGUGUCAGGUAGACUUGACCAGUGUGCUGUGGCAGAGUGGGCUCCCUCAGGCUUCCACGUUCUGAGGAACUCCUGUCUGCCUGGGUUUUACCAGGAUAACAGAGUGCCCUUAGCUUACCUCUGAAGGGAUCAGCUCGGGCAUCCAGCUGGGUAGAAGAAACCCGACUCCCCAGGCCGAGUGGACUCAGUCGCCCCAAGCAGAGGAUGUGAGCAAAACCAGGAGGCGCCUCCCCGAGCCGUGGCCUCUGUGGCCCUCCUGGACCCGUGUCCAACCCCAGCUUCUCUCAUCAGACCUCCAGGCCAGGCCAGGUCAGGGCUUCAGUUGUCUCUCCCGGGUUGAGGAUUGCUCACACCAGGGUUGUCCUGAGCAGACCAACCCAGAGGCACUAUUGUUGUUGUUUCUGUUGUUGUGGUUGGUGUUGUUUCCUGAGAUGGUUUCUCUGUAGCCCCAGUUGUCCUGGAACUAGCUGUUUAGACCAGGCUAUCCUUGAACUCAAAGAUCCACCUGCCUCUGCCUCUGUCUGCCUCCUGCCAGCCCUGGGAUCAAAGUCAUAGGGCCCCCACGCCUGGCCCCCACGCCUGAACCCCAUGCCUGGCCCCCAGAGGAACUUUCCCAGGAACAUUGUCCACAUCCUCACAUGCCAGCUGUUCCACGGUCAUUGUUUAGGCUCUAACAGUUGACUGCUGGGCCCAGUUGGUGGUUUCUGCCGGGUGGAGGGAGGCAGCAGCACCUCUCUGUGGUAAGGGGGGCACAGGGUACGACUCGCUGUACUCCGAGGCCAGGGCCAGAGAGCUCUGUCCCAGGUCAGAUUCUGACAGUUUGUUCAGUCUGUUCUCUAGAGUCUCAGUUCCGUAAAUAGUGACUCCUCGCGGUUACUGGAGAAGGCUGGUAGCCGUGUGGAGGACCCUGUCCCCAGGACAGUUGCACACGUGUACAAUGAGUUUACAGUAAGCAGGGCGCACCUGCGGGUCAGGGCUCCUUCUGCUGUGCCCUGGGCACAAGAGGAAACCUUUGGGGUCUGGCUCUGAUCCUUGCACAAGAGCAUCCAGCAGGCGCCCGUUACAGCCCCAUGGCAGGCAGGGAAGUUCAUCAGGCCUCUGCCUGUGCUCUGAUCCCUGAGGGAGCCCUCUGUUGAAACCUGAGCCCCGCACAUUCGAGAAUGUGCGGCUCUUCUGUCUUCCUGUUCUUGGGGGCUCAUUUUCCAUGGCGGCUACCCUGCCAGCAUCCCUUACUAAGAUCAGGGGAGGGAGACAGGCCUGAGUCAGGCUCAGCACCCUGCUCCCCUUCCUGGUCACAGUGAUGGCGCGUCCAUCCCCCUAGGAAGAGGGCCGGUGUGUCUGCCUUCUCCCUUUUUCUAAUUGCACUGUACUUGUUCUGGCUUCAGUCUAGAGGUGUCUAAGGUCUCCGUGGGAUCAUGACCCUUAGACUCAGCGAGUCUGCCUUAGCUCUAGAGCGCGGUGGUGAGGAGUCACCGUUUCCCUCAGGCUGUCUCUCUCUGAGCUUGUGUUCAUCUCAAUCAUUUCCUUUUUAUUUACUGAAGUACUGUACUUGGCUAUCUGCACUGUUUAAAGAACCAAAUGUUUUUGUGUUUUUAAUCCUCAACACUUGGUGCAAUAGACGCCGCAAAGACGUGCCACUUUAUCUUUGGAACUGAUUUUGUAUACCAAUAAAUUCUAGUUUAAAAGCAAA